AUGGCACUAGAGGCAGUGGUGUACUCUCAAGAUCCAUUUAAUUAUGGCUGCAGGGAUUCCUGCUCCUUGGCAGGAGGAGAAGCUUGGGGCUAUGAUUUUGGGCUGCAAGAAGAUGAUAAAGCUUUCCUUGGGAUUCUUGAAAAUAGCAACAUAGAGCAACAAGGUCUCCAUGCAAAGUGGGAUUCAUCAUCACCUUCAGCGAUGCAACAGGCAAAAGAAUGGGAUCCUAAUUCCUCGUCUCCUGAGACUUGCUAUGUUGAUCAAUCUCUCCAAGGAAUACCGUUUCCUGCGAUAAUGGAACCUGCACCAGGGACAACAACAAACAGGAGAAAACGAAGACGCACCAAGAGCACCAAGAACAAAGAGGAAAUUGAGAGCCAGAGAAUGACUCACAUUGCUGUUGAACGCAACCGUAGAAAACAGAUGAACGAGUAUCUUGCUGUGCUUAGGUCUUUGAUGCCUCCUUCUUAUGUUCAAAGGGGUGACCAAGCAUCUAUAAUUGGAGGUGCCAUUAAUUUUGUUAAGGAGCUAGAGCAGCUCUUGCAGACCCAAGAGGCCAAUAAAAAGAACAGGCAAGAACCUGACGUUGAUGGCUUCUCUUCACGGCCAUUUGCUGACUUCUUCAGCUUCCCACAGUAUUCGACUCGAGCAACUCAGCCUUCGUUGACGGCAGAUGAGUCUGUGGCUGAUCAGAACCAGUGGGCUGUAGCGGACAUAGAAGUUACAAUGGUGGAGAGCCAUGCCAAUCUCAAAAUUCUAUCAAAGAAACGACCAAGACAGCUCUUGAAAAUGAUGGCAGGGUUGCAAAGCCUAAGGCUUAGUAUUCUUCACCUCAAUGUCACCACUGCUGACCAAAUGGUUCUCUAUUCAGUUAGUGUCAAGAGUAUUUAA